GCGCUCCCGUAGAACCUGAUGAGCCAGUUCACGCGCACAGACUCAUUUAAAACGCAUUCACUCUCAGCGUACAGAAACAGAACUGGAAUGACACUCGGUUUAUUCGUUUAACUUGCUCUGGUCAGAUGUUUCAGGAUGUUUUGGUGCAUCAUGUGAAACAAGUCAGUCGGGUACGUGGAAAUGUUCAGACCAUUUCACACGACCCCUGACCUUUUCCACUCUACCUUUUUUUCACAAGACGCCGUGGCCUGGAUGCCGUAAUGGAUGUUCACAUGCACAACAGUCGGACGCUUCACUACGGCCGGAACGAUGGUCCGAAGGGCUUCUCUGAAGAUGAUCUGCAGUUCCUCAGUCUCGAGGAAAGGGAGUGUAUUCUGUUCUUUGAGGAGACCAUCGGCUCCCUGGAGGAGGACGAUGAGAGGACGGGACUGUCCUCAGGACACAGGCUCACGGUGGGGCGUCCGGCCUCACACACACAAACGGCACGACAUCACAGCCCUGUAGAUCAUGACAUCAUUGACCUGGUCCACCCUACACCCGAUCCCAACAAACAUAAAGACACGCUGCCCUUCACGUCAGAUUUCCAAGCAGCCCCGGAGACUCAUUACGAGGUAAAGGCGAAACGAGACCCACCACAAGAAGUUGGACACCAUCCGCCUUCAGCUUCAACAAUAAUCGCCAACAAGAUUGUCGAGCACCAGAGCGUCACGUCCGCUUCAUCCCUUCUCCAGCGCAGAAGCAGUCUGGAUUUGCCACAAAACCCCUCGGUCAAACACGGCCCUCCUCUUCACGCCAAGCCCACGCGUCUCCCCGACAGCAUUAGCAUGUUACUGGGCAGCCGCGAACACAUUCCCCAUUCAAUCGCCACCGAAGCCGUGACCGUGCAGGAGCGCCGGGCGCUAAUGCUCUCGAACCUCUCGGGUUCAGCGCACCCUCUGGACGGCGGAGAGCCAGCUUGCGUUCGCAAGCUUCCCACGCGAAGCAUAUCGUUUCGAGAUCCCACACCGGACAUAUCCAGGAUGGAGGCGCUUUCGAAACUCGGACUUGCUCAGAAGCGAUCGCAAUCCAUCAUGCACACUUCUCCGAGGGAGACCGAAGGCAUUAAAACCACCACCACAUUCAAAACUAGCUUACCAGCUAACGCUAGUGCAGAUGUCCGUGCUACGGACACUACAGACCACUGCCAAACCAAGCGAUCGCAAUCCAUCAUACAUGCUUCUCCGAGGGAGACAGAAAGUGUGAAAACCACCACCACAUUUAAAACUAGCAUCCCAGCAAACACUCGUCAGACCGAUAGCGCGAAAACCACCACCACAUUCAAAACUAGCUUACCAGCAAACGCUAGUCCUGUCGCCCGCGCUAUGGACACCACAGACCACUGCCAAACCAAAUCAAGCCCUGCACCAAUUUUGACGAGCGCCGAAGUCUCGCAUAGUGAUUUUAACAGCUAUGGCGGGAAGAGCAUAAAGUUGAACCCCUCAAUGUCCUUUAGGACUGAGCACGUCUCCAGUGCGUUACCCAAAACAGAGGCUUCGGAGGUCCAUCUCAACAACUACGGCGGCAGAUCAAGAGUCAUGAGUACACCUGAGCCAAUCCACGGAGCCCGAUCCAGAACCUUCUUCCCUGUGAAAGAGGACGACUCCAGUUCGAACAGGACUGUGAAGGAAGACUUACCCAAGAGGAAUGCGUCGCUCUGUGAAAACAGAUCCAAUGCUAAUCCGCCCAUCGCGGCUCCAAGACCCCUGCGUCACCCGAGUCCACUGAGUCCCACCGGGUCACGGCCCUUGCCAAAGCCAUCCUUCCGUGCUCAGGGAAUAACGGUCCAGUUUUCUGGGAGAGGAGCCACAGAUGAGGCCAGGCGUAACGCGCUACGCAAACUAGGACUGCUGAGAGACUCGUCUUAAACGCUCACAUGAUGCCUUUUGACUCAAGGACAAAAACAUUUGAGAAGUUAUAAUUCAACCAGUGCUGGGUAGAUUACUUACAAUAUUUAGUCUGUGGCUGAAUGCAUUGUACAUGACUAAAUUGUAGUUGGUAACGUAAGCUAUUUAGGUCAUAUAAUCAG